CCAGAAUCUCCCUUCAACACCAACAAUUCCGACCGCCGCCACCCCCACGAUUCCUACUGAGGCACCCUGCAGGAUAAUCGCGAACGCCCUUCAACUCGAAAAUCCCAAAUCCCAACGACCGACGCCCACGAUGAAUCACAUAACCUCCCCCAACGAGCCGUUCCCGACCCCCUCCGCCCUCGCCGCGGCCACGACAACCCACACCCAGCGCAACUUUCGCGUCGCCUCCCGCAAGCUCCCCAUCUCCAAGGCCGGCCCCAUCGACGAGAUGACGGCCUCGCUCGGAAUCCCCGUCCCCGAAAUGAUCUUUGGCGACAACCUCGUGUCCGUCUCCCACGUACCGACGGGCUGGUCCAUCUCCUUCAACGCCUACGACGCUCUCGACGCUGUCGACAAGACGGACAAAAAGAUGCUCAAGGUUGCCUACGCCCGGGAUUGGUCGUCCAGCAGGGAAAAGACGAGCGCGGGCAUCAAGGAGGUUGUCAAACCCUAUGACUGGUCUUACUCGACCGAGUACCGCGGCUCGCUGCGGGAGCCCGACGACGCCCGGGAGGGACACCACAGACUCGAGGACACGGCGACGCGGCAGAUCCCGCUUGAGCUGCUCAAGCGACGGGACCCGAUUCUCUUCUUCGACGACGUCGUGCUCUUCGAGAGCGAGCUCGAUGACAACGGCAUCUCCAUUGUCAGCGUCAAGGUCCGCGUCCACGAGAAGCGCAUGCUGCUGCUGUGCCGACUGUUCAUGCGUCUCGACAACGUCAUUGUGCGCAUCCGGGACACGAGGGUCUACGCCGACUUCGAGACGGACGAGGUCAUUCGGGAGUACACGGCCAAGGAGGACAGCUUCGACAGCGUCAAGCGAUCACUGUUCAUGGAGGGUCGAUUGCCGGACGACAUUACCAUCGCGUUGCGGGACCCGAACCUGCUUUACAACCUACUGCCGACGGUCGAGCAGACGGUACAGAGCGUUUCCCUCAAGCAGUGAAAUACGUUCUCUCCCUCCCCUCUCUUUUCCUUUCUCAGUCAUUUGCUUCAUGGGUUCCUCGCCUCUUCACGAGGAACUGGCGUCCAGGUCAGGGUAUGUAGAUUCAGGCGUUCCGGGGUGAAAAGUUUACGGCACCUAUGGAAGGGUGCCACGAUACCUUUGGCAAGAAUCGAAAAGAUUUGUCCAUGCUUCGCGCCACCGGCAUAACAGGGAAUGUAAUCGCCAUCGGAUUCGCAUAACAACCCUAGCAGCUGCUUCUGUAACUGAUUACCAAAACGCCCCUUGCCCGUCUCGAGAUGAGGACGACAAUGUCGAUACGACGCGUCACGAACGCCACAGACCUCCAGCAACUCAAAAACACCAAACGACGCGACAAGUGUACGCUCAAAGGUAUACCUCCAGCUAGACUCCACGAACAACAACCCAAAGACCCAACCGCGUCGGUGUGGAUACUUCCGACUUCAUAAGCCAUAUCAAAGUGAAAAAAAACCGUCCCAUUUUGCCCUUCCCAAGCUCUCCCAUUUCUCCUGUUUUCUCCCACAAAAAGCUAGUCGAGAAACAACGAACCCGUCAGAAUGAUCCCGCGAAUCCUUCUCCUCACCGCGCAUCCCGGUUCGGUGACGAGGCUUCCGUCAUCUCCUCAAACUCAAGCUCCCAGCGAUCAACCUCCUUGAAUUUGCGCGCCGCCUUCUUCAGCUCGUCAGCGCUGCGGGCGGGGUCGCUGCUCUCCUGGCUCUCAAGGGCGUCGUCUUGGAUGGGAGCGAAACUGUCGCCAUCGGCCCCGGCCUCCGCCUCGCCUUCCGCCUCGGUCUCGUCCUCGACUGCGCCUUCAUUUUCCUUGUCUGACAGACGACGGCUGUAAGUGCGUGUGGAAGAACGCCUCGCCGCCUUGGACUUUUCAGCCGCCGCAGUCGUCUUGCCACCACGGGAGGCCGGCCGAUUCGCCGUGGCACUGUCAAGAGGCGUGAUCUUCGUGCGUCGGGAGCGGGUGCGCGUGCCGGCAUACGAGAGCUCGUCGUCGUGCUCGGGGAUGUUCGAGGCGUCGAUAUCAUCCUCCUCCUCUGUGUCGUCCGCGCUGUAAGGGUCUCGAGCCUUCUUGUGGCGUCUGCGGGGCAACAGCCCGGUGAGAUCCGCCGUGGUGACCUUGGGCGACUUGGCCUGCUUCUUCUGCCGGGACUUGUUCCUCGUCGCCGGGAAGUUGGGGGAAUGCGUGAGAGAAGGUGGUGACGAGGCGUCGGAGACAUUGCCGUCCCGCGUCGGCGUAGCCGGCGAGGCGCGGCGGCGGCGUUGCUUGGUGAGUGUGUGGAUGUCGGGCCAUGCCUCGUCGCUAUUUUCCGAGUCGCUGCUCUCCGGAGGUGCCAUGAUCUCAUCCCUGUUCGGGGUUACUGGGCGAGGGAAAGCGGACGGCCGCGUAGGUGUGAGAACGGGCGAGGGCAGUUCAGAGAGCUCUGAAUCGCUGUCGUCAUCUCCCAGACCAGGCACAGACUCAGCCUCAGGCUCGGUCCGAGGUGUUUUCACUGGGCGGUCCGCCUCCUCGCGGCUCUCUAUACUCUUGCGCUUGCGUGACGCGGUGCUGGAACUGAGCUCCGCCUCCUUCUGGACAGGUUGUGAAUCCGGCGCGAGGACCUGCUGCGACUCAGACUCGGGCUCCGUCGUCGCUCGGAGAGGUUGUGAUUUGCGCUUGUUCUGCAGCGGCGUCGACUCGGCCUCAGGUUCGAAAUCGUCGCCCUCUUCAUCAUCCGACUCGGAUCCAGAUGAUAACUCAAUCGGCCGCUGCGUACGCUCCUUCUGCGCCGUGCCCAAGAUACUCGGUUCCCUCCGCCGGCGUUUGAACAUUCCAAUGUUGAAAGUCGAACUGAUGCCAGGGGUGCUGCCGACUCCGCGACUGCUCGGCCGGAUAGGCGCGUCAUCUUUGUUGAUACUAAUACUCGGUGCGCGGCCACGGCGCCUAAAGUGGCUAACACUGAAAGUCGAGGUAUCCGAUCGCGGCGCACUCGGCGGUGCAGCGUCAUCGACAUUGUCGUCUUCGCCAAGCGUGGUGUCGAGCCCCUCAAACAUGUCGUCGUCCAGGUCCAGCCCCGUCGUGUCCCUCCGAUGCUGAACCGGCGUCGCGCGCGUCUUCCUGCCCAGCUCCAACUCGACCGGAGAGUCGGACUUUUGAUGCUGAUCGCUCGACGUCUUUGCCUUAGAAGACGUCGUGUCGAGCUCAUCCUCCAACCUGUCCAUGGCCUCGUCCCGCGCGCGGACCGACUUCUCCAGCGCCUGCCUCUGACGCAAACUGGCGCCCCUGCUCAGACGCGUGGACCUGCCCCCCGUUAGGCGAGACGGCUCGCCUCCGUCCUCCUGUUCGAGCUCCUUCCGGAUGACCGAGUGCUCGCGAUCGCUAUGGCUGUAAAUAUCGCUGCCCGAGGCGGGCGCGGGGCUUGACUUCGCCUCGGGUGCGACGGCGACGGUGACGGGCGCGGGCGGCGCGCGACGCGCUCGUUUGGGUCUCGGCAUGGCUGGGAUUUUGGUCUGUUUGUUGAUGGUAGGUCGAUGUCUGAAUAAUUUUAUACCACGUAUUUAUCGGAGUCUUAAAACUUCGGCACGGUUCACAUGAAGCCGAGGGGUCAGGCUGUGAUAAGGAUGGAAUGGUGUGUGAUAUUUUGAUGUGAUGUGGG